AUGGCUGAAGUUCGAGCCCACUCUCCGCUUACCCUGAGACCUGUGCACCCGCCCAAAGUUGAGAAGAGGGCCACCAAACCUUCAAUCGCGAGACAUGUCAACAUCCGCGUCAACGAUCCGCUCGAUCAUGACGCACCGGCCAUUCUACACGAACCUCGCAGCUACAACUUCAACGAAUCCAAGGGAUCAGCCGUUGUAUUGGUCAGUGGUGCAGGCGGUGGAGUUAGCGGCCCUGGGAGUAUUUACCCGUCGAUCGCAGACAAGCUGGCCCUUCUACUCGGUAUCCCGUCUAUCAGACUUGACUACAGAAGACCUGCGAGGACGGAGUAUUGUUCCGCCGACAUCGUAGCCUCUUUCACCUACCUGCGCGAGCACUUCAAUUCAACGACCUUCGUCCUCAUCGGCUGGUCCUUCGGCGGAAGUCCCUGCUUCACUGUCGCAGCUCAGGAUGACCGCGUCCGCGGCGUGGCUACCGUUGCCUCUCAGACUGCGAAUACAGUGGGGAUCAAGAGAUUUGAGUCCACGACCGGUGCUCUUGCUGCAUGGGACCGAUGA